GUGCUCAAAGUUUGAGUCUUUAUUUGCUUCAAGUGAUUGGUUUUGCUUUCAACACUUAAAGUUUUGAUCUUUGACUUGUUUGAUAGUGAAAAAUUUGAGCUUGUGCAUCAGAGGAGCCACGAGUUGUGUUGUUCUAUUCACUUUGUUUAUUAGUUCAAUUGUUUUAGGAUUUUGAUAAGCAAAAGAAGCAAGCUUUGGUUUUUACAUUUCUUGUUUGUGUUUUGUGGUUGAAGUUAUCAUAUGCGAUUUCUUCACUUGUUCAAUUUGUUUUAAAGGGUUAAUAGAACCCAGAAAAGUAGCUUUAGAGAGCAAAUUGGAUUGUGGAAAUAGAGAAUAGGAGUUUUGCUUUGUCGGAGAUGGGUAGGUUUGAUUUUGAAGUUUUUGCAGGUGGAUAUUUCUGUUUUUGUUGGAAAACCCAGGUGGGUUUUUUUAGAUCUUAGAUUAUGGCAUUUGAGUUUUCAAAACACUUGGUGGGUUUCUGUUCCUUUCUCUAUCUUUUUUUGUGUUUGUUUUCCCAGUGAAUUUUGGUUCAUCAGUUUUGGAAGAUGGUGAAUGAUAGUCACUUGGGUGUAAUGUUGAGAGCAGUAGCUAUUGGGUUGUUAGUUUCCUAUCUAGUGGUAUCUGUUUCAGCCAAUGAUAGUGAAUUUGCGAGUUGUAAUUGUGAUGAUGAGGGUUCUUGGAGCAUUCAGAGUAUUUUGGAGUGUCAGAGACUUAGUGAUUUCAUGAUUGCUAUAGCGUAUUUUUCGAUCCCUAUAGAGCUCAUUUACUUUGUCAGCUGCUCAAACUUUCCAUUCAAAUGGGUCCUCCUUCAGUUCAUCGCGUUUAUAGUCCUCUGUGGAUUGACCCAUUUGCUCAAUGCCUGGACUUAUUAUGGCCCUCAUACUACUCACUCGUUCCAAUUGAUGCUUGCCCUCACCAUUACCAAACUCCUCACGGCCUUGGUCUCGUGUGCAACUGCAAUAACCCUAUUAACUCUUUUCCCUCUUAUUCUGAAAGUCAAAGUAAGAGAGUUGUUCUUGAGGCAGAAUGUGUUGGAGUUAGACCAAGAGAUUGGGAUGAUGAAGAUACAGAAGGAAGCGAGUUGGCAUGUUCGAAUGCUGACCCAGGAAAUUAGGAAGUCACUCGAUAAGCAUAACAUUUUGUAUACAACGCUGGUUGAGCUUUCAAAGACAUUGGACUUGCAUAACUGUGCAGUUUGGAUGCCUAAUGAGAACAGGACAGAGUUGAACCUGACUCAUGAGUUGAAAGGGAGUUCUUCGAGAAAUUAUAGUCAUUCUAUUCCAAUGAAUGACCCAAAUGUGUUGGAGAUCAGAGAGAGCAACAGAGUAAGAAUCCUGAGGCCUGAUUCUGCACUUGGAGCUGCAAGUUGUGGUGGUUCUAGUGAAUGUGGUGCUGUAGCAGCAAUCCGGAUGCCAAUGCUUCGAAAUUCAAAUUUCAAAGGGGGUACACCACAGUUAGUUGAUACUCCUUACGCUAUAUUGGUUUUGGUUCUUCCGAUGUCAGAUUCUAGAGUUUGGAGCUAUCAUGAAAUGGAGAUAGUGGAAGUUGUGGCUGACCAGGUUGCAGUGGCACUGUCCCACGCUGCAGUACUUGAAGAGUCUCAACUAAUGAGAGAGAAACUGAGAGAACAAAAUCGUGCACUACAGCAGGCUCAGAAGAAUGCAAUGAUGGCCAGCCAAGCAAGAUACUCAUUUCAGAAGGUGAUGAGUAAUGGAAUGAGAAGGCCGAUGCAUUCCAUUUUGGGGUUGCUGUCAACAUUUCAAGAGAGUAUGAGUUUGAAACAAAGGAUUAUUGUAGACACUAUGGUUAAAACUAGCUAUGUUCUCUCCACUUUGAUAAAUGAUGUCAUGGAGAUGUCAGCAAAAGAUAAUGGAAGGUUCCCUCUGGAGAUGAGGCCUUUUCAACUUCACUCCAUGAUCAAAGAAGCUUCUUGCCUCGCCAAGUGCUUGUCUGUGUAUAAAGGCUUUAGGUUUGAAGUUGAUGUUCAGAGCUCAUUGCCUAAUCAGGUGAUGGGGGACGAAAGAAGGGCUUUCCAAGUAAUCUUGCAUAUGGUUGGAUAUCUUUUGAGCACCUAUAAGGGAGGAGGAACUGUCAUCUUUCGGGCUAUUCUAGAGAGUGGUUCUGAGACCCCGGAUGAUAAAUUGCAACAGAUGUGGAGAACAGGUACACCAGAUGAGUACGUAUCUGUGAGGUUCGAAUUGGAGAUUAAUGACGGAACUUCUCAUUCCAGUGGAGUAUCAUCGAUGAUUGAUUACGGUGGUAGGAGGAACAACAGCAGUGAAAUAAAGAAGGGCCUGAGCUUCAACAUUUGCAAAAAGAUUGUCCAGAUGAUGCAAGGCAAUAUCUGGAUAUCCAUGAAUCCGAUCAAUCUCGCAGAAAGCAUGACACUUGUUCUCAGGUUUCAAAUCCUUCCUUCUUUAGGGAGAGGAAAUCCAUUGGAGCAACCAAAUUCCAACUCAGAGUUCAGAGGACUCCGGGUUGUAGUAGCGGACGAUGAUAAUGUAAACAGGACCGUGACCACAAAGCUGCUCCAGAAACUUGGCUGUCAAGUCAGUGCUGUUUCUUCGGGGUUUGAAUGCCUGAGUACCCUUAGUAGUGCCGAAAGUCCUUUCCAGGUUGUUGUUCUGGAUCUUCACAUGCCUGAAAUGGAUGGAUUCGAAGUGGCAAUGAGAAUCAGGAAAUUCCACAACCCUAGUUGGCCGCUGAUCAUAGCCCUGACCGCAAGUGCGGAGGAAGAUGUGUGGGAGAAAUGUCUACAGAUGGGAAUGAACGGACUGAUCCGAAAACCUGUCAUUUUGCAAGGGAUGUCAAACGAGCUCCGGAGAGUAAUGCAACGAGCCGGUGAAGGUUUGUGACUGAGGAAGCAAGUCAUAAACUCCAGAUCCUCUCAACUCCAAUGACAUAUAUAAAACCGAAUCUCCACUUUAGAUUUUGCUAACCAUGUUCUUCAUAUUACUGGUAUUAAAUACCAAAUAAGUAUGAUAGAUUUACAUAUGAUAGUUUUAUAUGAUGCUAAAGCCAAGCUAGGAUACUCAUAUUCAUGUAAAAGUGACAACAAUGUUAUGAUUCAUCUACUGAGAUAUUUCACUCUCGCACUCGAUUCAAAUCGAUUCUGUUGCUCUAUGAAAUUCAGUUCACUUGAGCUUAUG